AACUUCCGAUGAAAGUCUGUUUGCUUCCGGUUCACGAGAGAUGGCGGCUUCUGGUGCGGAUAAAAUGGAUGAUCUGGAGGAGGGGGAGAUCUCUGGGUCCGAUUCCGAGUCAGAGAUGGGAACAGCCGUCGCCGAACGAAUGCAGACGCCCACGGCUCCUGCUUUUGCCAGCCAGUCCUCGCAGAGGCGACCGCUUCCGGAGACGGCUCCCUCCGUCACCACUUACCGCAGCUCCGCCGGCGCAGACGCCAGCGACAGUGACUCCGACUCGGACGAGGAGGCCGCCUUAUGGAGGCGGAAACGCCAAAAGUGCUCGCAUGCUGCUCCCCCUGCUCUGCCCCCCACAGUCCCCGCUGGGGGGAUGACCCGCAAGGUGAACAAUAUCUGGGGUGCGGUGGUGCAAGAGCAGAGCCAGGAGGCUGUGGCUGCCGAGCUGGGCAUCCUAGGGAUGGAAGGCGAUCUCAGCAUGAGCAGUCGGCAGAGCGAGACCUACAACUACUUGCUGGCAAGGAAGAUGAUGGAGAAGGAGCAGCAGGAGAGCGGUGGGGGUGAGGCAGACAUGCUGGACAGCCAGCUGGAGGAGUACAUGCAGCAAGGCAAAGAAAAAGAAAAUGGCACGGGGCACCUCAAGAGGAAGCGGCCCCUUAAGGAGAGACUCGGGCCCAAAGCGGUGAUGGACUUCAAGGGUCGCUACGAAAUCACAGAGGAUGACCCUGAGGAUAAGGUCAUAGAUGAAAUUGCACACAGAUUAAUGGAGCCUAAAAUGGAUCUGAUAGAGAGAGUGGUGAAAACCGUUGGGAAAAAGAAAGCUAUAGAACUGCUUUCCGAAACUACUACAAUUGAGCAAAAUGGCGGCCUUUUCACAGUGGAUGGCAGCAGAAGGCGCACUCCCGGGGGUGUGUUCCUCAACCUGCUGAAGAACACACCCAGCAUCUCCAGUGAGCAAAUUAAGGAAAUAUUCUAUGAGGAAAACCAAAAAGACUACAACAACCGAAAGGCUGCCAAGAAGCGGCGUCGACAGGAAGUGUGCAGAAAGAUGAAGCAAGCCAUCAACACUCUGAAUCUUCAGGACCAUGAUGAUGUGUCCCGGGAGACUUUUGCCAGCGACACAAAUGAGGCCUUGGAGUCGCUGGAGGAAUUGCGGGAGGAGCAGCCCGAGCCCGAGCCCAAGCCUGAGCCUGCCUUGGGUACUGAGGACACUCCAGUGGUCUAUAGUUCUAGUGACCUGGAAGUCUUCUGAUACAGGAGAGACUCCCAUGGCUAAGCUCCUCAGCACAUCCUGCAUUUAAACCACAAUCCUCCCUGUUGCAUCUAGGUGUUGUAGAGCAACUAGUGAACAUGGGGAGCAUUUUGUGCAGGCAAUGUGUAUGUUGCCGUCCACUCCACUUGGGUAUUGCGAUUGAAUAUUGUUCAGCAGAAAUCAGUUAGACCAGAGAGCUGGAGCAAUGUACUCCAAGUGACUUGUUUAACUAGGCUUGCUCUAAGUCAGCUCAAGCUGAGAUCUGGCAGGACAGCUGCACCUUAAAUUGAGGUUUGGGCAACAGAGUAACAAUAGACAGCUUUGCCUUUUUAAAUUUUGAAAAUAAAAAGGAUUGCGUGUUUCUGAUCUUUUCUGUGGCUACCAUCCGUUAAAUUGCUGCUCAAGAUAUUUUCUUUUGGUAAUUUUGACCUUUAGAGCACUGGUUGAGGAGUAAUAAUGCUCUUUCAUUGCUUUUCUGACGAAUUGUAGUCAUGCUUUUCCUCUAAUAUAAACAUCUGUGUCUGGGUGGCAUCUGUGUCACUGUGGAACUGGCUGCAUAAAUGUCCUUUUUGUGUUUCAUGUGUUAUGUUCCACAUUCCAUUUUGUAUAGAUUCCAUUAGUCCAAGUUCUGUGUGAUUGCAUUACAUCACAAUGCAGACAUACUAAUCCUUUAAGUGCAUUUCCAAACCAAGCACCCAAUUCUUUGGCAGUCUACAUGAAAUUUAAAGAGUGUGGCUUAAUAGUAAAUUUACAAUGUUGACUUCGUUUAGUCGAUAGGCUUUUUUUUUUUUUUGUUUUUUUUUACUCUUAUUUAGUAACUCUUUAAUUUUGUUGACCAGAGAGCGAUACUGGUGUUUGAAAUAAAAGGGUUUGACUGUUUUAUCAAAUGCUUUUUUUAAAAAAAAAAUGAUUUGUAGUUCUGAAAUUUGUUUUAAGGGGAUUUGUAAAAUACUGUAUGGAAGUCUGUAAAAGUGAGAAUUUGUUCAAAAGGGGCACCAUGGCACUAGUAACUAUGCAAAUUAUCUUUUGCAUCAAUGAAUGAAUGA